CAAGUAUUGCAGGACCACGCUAUGAUUAAGGGUAAUCAACUUGAUAAGGUCCAUCAAUAAUAAGGCCCUACUUAUUUGUUGUGGGUUCGAUGCAAAAUACCCUUGUUUUCAUUUGAAUUCUUCAUCUUUUGGUCAAUUGAGUAUGGUGUUUGUAACGGGUGGGUGCCUUUAGGAUACAUCGCUAUCGAACAGACGCAGAAAGGUCAUCAUUCUAAUACUAUUAACGAUGGAGGUUGCGUUGGAACACCUCAGAACAAUUUUAGUGCCUCAGCUUGAUUGCUUUCAACGUAGAAACAAAGGCUCUGUGCCUAAACACUUCGCUGAGAAAGUUGUUUCCAUACAAACGACUGUUUAUUCCUCUAUAUAGUCGACGACGUAGCCGCUAACUUUUAGCACUAUCCCAAUUUCGACUGACCACCUACAUACUUAUUUCAACAAGACCUUUCAUACUUUACUUAUAACGUUACGUACUACUUGUAUACACUUUUAUUAUUACCUAAUUUCUCACAAUGUCUUUAAACAACAUGGUUCAAUGCUCUCGAGGCCACCAGCACUACGGAAAGAAUGGAGCGGCUGGUAUUAUCUUAUACCGAUACCGCGAUGAUGGCCAGGUCGAAAUGUUACUUUCACAGCGAUCUGCCAACGUCGAUCACCCGAACACUUGGUGCACAAUCGGGGGCCUUGUAAACGACGGAGAACAAACCUUCCAGGCCGCGAUACGAGAGAUGCAAGAAGAGACCGGCUACCUCAUUCGACAAAGUAAUAUAGCUCUUACAGGGGCGGCACAAGACAAUCACGGAGGUUGGACUUACACUACCUAUUUCGCUACACCAAACCAUAAUGUUAAGAUCCCCGACGCGUUCAAGUUGCAGACGUCCGAAAUUACGCAAGUUAGGUGGAUAACGCGCAAGGAGCUCGGACACUACCCAUUGCACCCUAGCUUCUUGGAUCAUACCGUUCGCUUGAUGAAUACCAUGCUUCAGCGCGACUACGAUCCGGCCACUGGAGCUUUUUGUCCCACGGUAAAUUUCACCUCUAUCUUGCCCAAGCGUUGGACCCAGGAGUAGAAACCUAGAUUAACCGCACUUAAUGCACACCAGUGAGUAGUUCGCGUACAUAAUUAAUAUAACAAAGCUAUUCGCUUCCAAAUUGUCAUUCCUUCCGGUGAAUUGCAACUUGAUUAUUGUCUUUCUUAUGUGAUAAUAU